ACACAUCUACCUCUAUCUAGAACUUGUCUGUCUUUCUCUUUCUUUCUUAUUUGUCUAACAGGUACAGUCAAAGCUUUCCAAGAACUGGCUAACUCACAAGAAAUUCUGGCAGAAAUCACUGAACCAAAGCCACCAACAUCAUCAAGAAAGAACCAAGAAGUGGUUCUUGCUUUCUAUGAAGCCUUAAAGUCACGUGACGUGGACACGGUACACAAGAUCCUAGCCCACGAUCUUGAAUGGUGGUUCCAUGGCCCGCCGUCUCACCAGUUUCUGAUGCGCCUUCUCACUGGUGAACAAAAAGACAACGACGUGCCGUUCGAGUUCUCGCCUCUUUCCAUCACCUCUUUCGGAAACAUUGUGGUUGUUGAAGGGUGUGAUACCAGUCGUUCCAUUUCUUGGGUGCACGCUUGGACUGUUACGGAUGGGGUAAUUACCCAGGUUAGAGAGUACUUCAAUACCUCUCUUACUGUUACUCGUCUUGGAAACCAAUCACAGUCGUCUGAUUUUAAGUCCAAGUCAAAGUCAUCAUCAACGACUGAGAUUUCUCCUGUGCAUUGCCCAUCCGUCUGGGAGAGUAGUCUCUCCGACCGGAUCGGUAAGUCCGUUCCGGGUUUGGUUCUGGCUAUUUGAGUGGACUCUGAUCAGGUGCAUCCGGAAGUAUUGUAAUAUACUCGUGGUUUGGAAUAAAUAGGGUGCGCACGUGUGUUUUGUUUGUGAAGGAGAGAUGUGAAUCAUCGUCACUUGGGUCCUGUCUGGUUUGUUUUACUGGGCCUGGUUGUCGUUUUUCGUUUGGUUUUGAUUGUUACAGUUGUAAGAGUGAAAGUAGUUAGAGCCAGCCAAGAUGGGGAGACCUCUUUGGUUAACGCUAUAUGUCCCUGUUUUUCGGUAUUUUCAUUGCUCAAUAAAGAUGUGGUAUUGUGACGA